UGAACUGCUGAAAUUAACCAGUUUGCUGCUCCCCAGGACAAGAUGUAAACACUGGAUGAAGCCAUUCAGCUCCACAGAUGACCUGGAGUAUGACUUUGGACAAAUCAUCAAGCCAGCUGGUUCACAAGAGGAAAUGAAGCAACACCUUUCCCAAGGGCAGCAAUUACUCAGCUCCACCACCUCCCAGAGACUGGCAAGGGGCACAGUGAAUGCUGCUCCUGCUCUAUGAGGAGGACAUCCUAAACCAUCUGCAUCCCUGCUGCAUGUUCCUGUUUGACAGCAAACUGCUUGGAAACCGCUUCAAGGUUCAACGUAGCUGCACUAUAUGAUGGGAAAGGCAAUAAAAAGCCUCCGUGCCAGAGACAGAUCCUUGGGGCUCCUGCUGUGGUUCCACAUCGGACUCAGAGAUGAUGGUGGAGCUACCCCAGUGCAAGACGAACGAGAUUCAGGAUCUGACGUUGAAGAUGAAGGAAAUGAGCAGCAUUCUGGAUCAGAGAAUGGAAGUGUAGGGCAUCAUUCAGAGAAUGAUCACAGUGAUGGAGAAGAUGAUGGGCCAAUGGGAGAACCUCACAUGACAGACUCUGAAAAUGAAGAUAUCCCAAGGCAGAAAGACAGUGACUCGGAUAAUGAGGAGCCUCCAAACCACAAUGGAAGCGAUUCAGACAACGAGGCAGCUCACGGAGGGAAAGACAGUGAUUCUGAUGCUGAGGGCCCUCCCAAUCGGCAUUUAAGUGACUCUGAAAACGAAGAUGCCUUAAAUCACCGAGCGAGUGACUCUGAGAACGGGGAAGCUCCCAGGGAGCCCAGCAGUGACUUGGAAACUGAGGAGUCCCACAAGCAGCCGGGCAGCGACUCGGAGAGUGAGGGAGUGGCCAGGCACAAGCAAGACAUAGAGUCUGAGGAGAGUGAUGGGGAGGACAGGAAGGAGGAGGUGCAGAAUGAUUCUCACCAUUCGGAUAACGAACACGUACGGGAAGGAUUUCAGGGCUCUGACAGCGAAGAGGAAGCUCCUAAGAGACGAAAAAUAGCGGACAGUGAUGAGGAAGAAGAGAAGGAGGUGGAGGAGGAGGGGAAGACAGUGAAGAGGAAAACAGCUAUCCUUUCUGACAGUGAGGAUGACAGUGAGAAAACACCUGCAAAAAAAGUACGAAUCCUGUCUGACGUUGAGGAAUCAGAUAGUGAUGCUGCUUCAGAGAAAUCUGACAAAAGGAAGAAAAGUGUUAUUUCAGACAGCGAGGAAGAGGAAGAAGAAGAAAGGAAAGAGGAUGCUGGCAAGAAAAAAGAAGAGAAAGAUCUGUUUGGCAGUGACAGCGAAUCUGGGAAUGAACAAGAGAAUCUGAUUGCUGAUAUAUUUGGAGAAUCUGGUGAUGAGGAAGAAGAGGAAUUUACAGGUUUUAACCAGGAAGACCUGGAGGAAGAGAAAGGUGAUGCACACAUGAAGGAGACAGCAGAUGACUCGGACUCUGAUGAUAACAUCAAAAGAGGGAAGCACAUGGACUUCAUGUCAGAUUUUGACAUGAUGCUGCAAAGAAAGAAGAGUAUGAGUGGGAAGCGGCGGCGAAACCGUGACGGUGGGACGUUCAUCAGCGAUGCAGAUGAUGUGGUCAGUGCUAUGAUUGUGAAGAUGAACGAGGCUGCUGAGGAGGAUCGGCAGCUGAACACACAGAAGAAACCAGCACUGAAGAAAUUAACUUUGCUGCCAACUGUAGUUAUGCAUCUUAAAAAGCAGGACCUGAAAGAAACCUUCAUCGAUAGUGGUGUUAUGUCUGCCAUCAAAGAGUGGCUUUCUCCCCUUCCAGACCGAAGUCUGCCGGCACUAAAGAUACGGGAAGAGCUUCUGAAGAUCCUGCAGGAGCUGCCCAGUGUGAGCCAAGAGACCCUGAAGCACAGUGGCAUUGGACGAGCUGUGAUGUACCUCUACAAACACCCCAAAGAGUCGCGACCUAACAAGGACAUGGCAGGGAAACUCAUCAAUGAAUGGUCUCGACCCAUCUUUGGCCUUACCUCAAACUACAAAGGCAUGACAAGAGAAGAGAGGGAACAGAGAGAUUUGGAACAGAUGCCUCAGCGAAGGAGGUUGAGCAGCUCUGGUGGCCAGACUCCCCGCAGGGACCUGGAGAAGGUGCUGACUGGAGAGGAAAAGAGAUUUGUCUCUAGCAGUCACAUCUGUCUCUCUGCAGGGCUCUCAGGCCUGGGGACCCUGGGUUCUGUGCCCGUGCGAGGGUGCCGAUGCCCUCCAACAAGGACUAUGUGGUCAGGCCCAAGUGGAACGUGGAGAUGGAGUCCUCCAGGCCCGGGACUAUUAAGAGAGGUAUUAGUCGCUUGGAAAAACACAAGAGACGGUUUGCUGAACAGAAACGACUCAGCAAAGUGCAUCGGGCCAUCAAGUUCAGCAUUGAAGGCAACAGGAUGCCCCUGUAGCCAUGCCACUGCCUUCCCCAAGUUUGAGAGGUAUCCCUCGAGGGAGGUGUGAACAGUGCAUGUGCUUCAGCUGGUGGCAGUUUGCACAAACAGGAAGGGAGUGUGUUCACCCUAACUUAACCAUGGAAACUCUCCUGGUAUUCUCUCCUGUCUGUACUGUGACCUAAAGGGGAACUUGUACAGCAAAAGAAAUAGGCUGUAGCACAUCUGCCACGAUAGCUGCCUCGCCAGCUGCAGGGUGCACAGGUGACAACUGACCUUACCUGCACUCCAAGCCGGCUUUGCACCACUCCUGGCUUUGGAUGCUGGUCUGGGUUCACCUGACCCGACACACGGGAGCUCUGAGCCCGUGGUGCGGGGCCUGGUGUCACUGUGUGCCCUGGCACACAGUCAGGUGUUUGCCACACCUACUCUUGGAGAGAAGGUGAGUGAUGUGAGACUCGAGGGGUGGUUGGCACAGCCCAAGACUCGGGGGAGAGGAGUCCCCUCGCUGGGAAUGGAGAUGGGCCAGAGCGGGCAGCGUUGGGACACUCUGCAUUUCGGUUCUGUCAGCAGGGCUGCCACAAGCAGUGCCAGGAAGAGGCCAGCACAAAUGGUAGAUGACUCUUGAGUUAAAGCUUCGUGUUUAUUUGUUUUAAACCAGUAUUUUUUUAAAAACAAACCACUGUGAAAUUGCAGAUUUGAUUCCAAUGAAUAGUGAGUAGCUUUUGAAUAAAGGAGUGUCAGGAGCAUCUUCCUCAGUGAUGGAAACAAGGUUCCAUUUCUAAUAGCUGUGUUUUGUCAGGUAUUAAGUAGCAUGUUUUGGACAUCUGUUCUCUUGCAAAGCUGUGAAGUUUCCAUCGUGUCAUUUCUGGUGUCUAGUUUAGGGGAAACUGCUUCCUAGGGAGUAGGAGCUGUGGCCUGGAAGGGCUUCUCUCUCCAGCCUCACUACCGAAUCUAUGACAGAUACCUGCUGUGUCAUCUCAGCUUCUCAUGUGCAGUUAAAGUACAGAGAUGAAAUGCAAUAACUCUUCUCAUAACUUGUAUGGUCCCCUGACUGGUUUCUUUUGCUUUUCCCCUGCACUCCCUUUUCCCCCCAAUAAUCUCUUGCUUUGUAAGUACUAAUCAACCACCUUUACAAUAAAUGGCAGUUUGGACUUGGCUGUGUCAGCUCCGUGCUCAGUCGGGUGUGUUUGUGUGGAGCUCCCUUCCCAAGCUGCAUGUCCCAUGGGGAGGAGGGGGAGAGCUUUGCUGCCUGAUGCUUGUGAGGACAACUGUCUCCCUGGAUGCGCUGCCUUGCCCAGGGGGGGAUUGUUUGACCCCUUUUUGGCACCCACAGGCCCCCCACACAGCCCCCAGCAGCAGCUGCCGCCCGGUGUCCCGCAGGCAGGCAGCACCUCGCACGCAGCCGCCGCUUUUCUCGCACCUCUGGGACCUCUGCUUUUUUUCAGUGGUAAUUAUGAGUCUUAUU